UCAAUGGGAACAUGAUGGCAUGCCGAGGGUCGUGCUGCUGUUUGGGUCUGGGCUCUGCGAGCGAGGACACGGCGCGCUUCGCCAUGCUGGCUCUCCUCAUCCUGGUGUACCUGGUGUGCGGCGCCGCUGUGUUCUCUGCGCUGGAGCGGCCGGAGGAGGAGCAGGCCAGGGGCCGCUGGGCGCGCAGCUUCGACCUCUUCAGCCGCAAGCACAACGUCAGCCACAGGGACCUCGAGGGCUUCCUCAGGGCCUACGAGGAGGCCACCGGGGCUGGUAUCCGUGUGGACAGACCCAGGGCUCGCUGGGAUUUCCAAGGAGCUUUCUACUUCGUGGGCACUGUUGUGUCCACUAUCGGGUUUGGGAUGACCACGCCGGCCACGGUGGGAGGCAAAAUCUUCCUGAUUUUUUACGGACUAAUCGGGUGUGCAGCCACCAUCCUGUUUUUUAACCUGUUUUUGGAGAGAAUUAUAACGGUGCUUGCGUUCGUGCUGAAGUCGUGCUACGAAGCCCAACAUCGGAGGAAAGGCGUGCUACCUCACGACAGCAGGCACGAGGCGGGCCAAGUGAGGCAGCACGGUGAGGACAGCCUGGCGGGAUGGAAGCCGUCGGUGUACUGCGUGAUGCUCAUUCUCUGUGUAGCGGCCAUCAUUAUAUCGUGCUGCGCCUCUGCCAUGUACUCCUCGAUGGAAGGCUGGGGCUAUUUGGACUCUCUGUACUUCUGCUUUGUAGCGUUCAGCACUAUCGGCUUCGGGGACAUGGUGAGCGGCCAGCGCGCCGCGUACGACAAUCAGACUCUCUACAGCCUGGGCAAUUUUUUCUUCAUCCUCACGGGUGCUUGUUGCAUUUACUCGCUCUUCAACGUCAUCUCCAUCGUCAUCAAACAGGUUCUCAACUGGCUCCUGAAGAAGAUCGAGAUACCGUGCCGCCACUGCCCAGGAAGGAACCUGCGUCCCAGAAGGAACGCCAUAAUGCCCGGACACUUCCGCACCCGAGUCCGGAACAUCUCCAUAGACACGGACGCUGUUAACGAGAGCGAAACGGACGGACGCAGGAUGUCAGGUGAGAUGAUCUCCAUGAGAGACUUUCUGGCUGCUAAUAAGGUCAACUUGGCCAUCAUGCAAAAACAGCUGUCGGAGACCGCCAACGGAUACCCGAGACCGCCCGGCUCUGUGAACCGACACGAUGAAUUCUCCGGAGGAGUUGGAGCUCUGGGAAUCAUGAACAACAGACUAGCUGAGACAAGUGUAGACAGAUAAAUCUCCCCAGUGGAGAUUAUAAAACCCAAGAACUCUAAAACCAUCCCGUACCCAUUUGCUCAGCUCUGUAGCUACAAGUAAAUUGCUGCAUAUUUAUAAAUAUAUAUCUUGCUGAUGUCUGCUAAAGCGGUACAUAAGCUCAGGUGUGGUUUAGAAGGUCUAUAAACUCUUUGCUGUUUCAGAAAGUUGUUUAGAUAUAAAAUCCUGUCUUCUCUGUAAAGUAGGCUACAUGAUAUUUACAAUCUAGCUCAGCUUAAUUAUCCAGAUGAAACUAUUUUUUAAUAACAGAGUGCAUGCUUUACUGAAAGUUUUAUCUCAAAUGGUGUACUCUGCAUACUUCAGGUGUGAUUAGUGUGCUUGUAGUGAGAUCCUGUGCUGCUGAUACCCAAAUGAAAUGCGUAACGCUGGACAUGUUAAGCACGAACUGAAAGUCCAAGCCACGGAGCAAGAAUAUCAAUAGCGUGUAUGCAAUUUAGGACCAGGUGUAAGGUGUAUAAACUCAGCAUAUGUUAUAGAAACAUCAUCAUAGUCAGUAGCACGGGUCAAAUCACAGGGAGAGAGGGUUGAACACGGAUAAUCCACGGAUAGUCCGAUGCAUGCUCAGUUCUGUGGGAGAAUAAAGAACAAUUUGGGUUUGUUUGUUUUUUUUUUUUUUUAAACUGUUCUUGGUUCUUGUGUAUUGGAAUGGAAUGCAACUUGGGCAUUAAAAGAUGACAUCCGGUGAGAACACGAUGACUUAACGAGACGUGGAUCAUGAUAAGGCUUCAUAACAAAACGAAAAACAGUGCAGAUAAGGUAAUCAAGAACUAACACAAAACAGGUGAACACAAUCAGGUAACAUAGCAGUGACAGGACAAGGACAGGACUAGAACAGAAAGAAAACCAGAAACCUCCUUGAGAAGGGGGAAUCUGGACUAGAGGUCGACCGAUAUUGGAUUUUACCGAUACCGAUAACUAAGUCUGGCGAUACAUACCUGCCGAUAACCGAUUAAUCAACCGAGAGUUUUUAAAACUGAUACCGAAUGAAAACGUAACACUCAAAGUACAAUAUUGCUGAACUUUAUUACAAAAAUAAACACUGUACUUUUUUUAAAUGAAAUAAAGAUAUAAAUAUUCAUAUACAUCAACUAUGAAUAAAUAUUAAAGUAAAUAAAUGAUGUAGUACCACUCUAAAUAACAAAUAAAAAUAGAGACGUCCAAAACGAAUCAAAAAACACUGCAAAUAACACGACAAACUUGGUCAGCGACCGGUUUUAUUUUGCCUCUAGAGGCCGCUCUCGUACUGCAUAACGACAGCGGAAGCUUCACGGCCACUCCCGAAACCCACGCAACCGGGAAAAACUAUCAGCGUGGAUAAUUCCAGCAAUCGUUUAUCCCUGAUUAAUCGACAAAACCGUUCAAUCGGUCGGCCUUUAAUCUGGGCAUGUUAGAUUUUAAAAUCGCGGCGAUUUGUUGCUUCUGUUUAGGAUCGUUUUCAAUAUAGCUACACAAAUCAAAUACUACAUACUUAAGACUCUUUUUUUUUUUUUUAGACGCACCUCUGGUGUCACUUUACAGCUGUUAUAUUUUAUAUGGAUAAUUAUUCCUCCUGACUCGGUAGGAUCGAGGUACGAGUAACAGUGCAGUACAGCUGCUGUCGUUACGGAUUAGUUCUCACGCACAGUAUUUCUCAUGCAUUUCAUCAUAACAGUUCCGAAACGUUAACACCGUUACGCAAAAAGAUGCUACAUACAGUCGAUGAUACUGAAUCAGUCACAAGCUACACUCUCAGAAAAAAAACGGGUGCUAAUUGGUACUUUUCCUCGGUGCUACGGUGGUACCUUUAUGUUUGGUACCUUUUCACCUG